AUGGAGAUCCAGAUCACCGACGCCUGCUGCAAUACCCCUGCUACCAAGACUGCCUGGGUCAAGAAGGGCACUUUCAAGCCUCUGUCGAAGCAAGUUGCUGGCAUCGAACGUCGUACCUACCGUACCGGUCCAAUUACCUCCAAGCUGGGUGUCGUCUCCUUGAUUGACAUCCAUGGUUUCCACCCCACCACCGUCCAGUUCCUCGAUACCCUGGGUGACAAGGGAUUCCAAGUCUCGGCGAUCGAUCUGUUCCCGAACGGUCCCAUGCCUGACGAGUACAUGGGCGAUAUGGCCAAAUUGGGCGGCUGGAUUCGCACCAACGCCGAGUACACCAACAACCACGUCGGCGGGUUGGUCAAGAUUGCGGCCCAGGACUUGAAGGCUGAUGGAUGCGAGUCGUUGUUCAUCAUUGGACACUGCUGGGGCGUCCAUUUGGCGAUCCGUGCUGCGUCGGAGCCUGAUCAGGGUUUCUUGGGUGUUGCUGGACCUCACCCGACUGCAGUGACUCUCCCCUUGGUCAGCAACUUGAAGUGCCCCCUGGCUCUCUUCCCCUCCAUGGAUGACCCCGACAUGGUCCCUAUCAUUCAGGCUGUUCAGAAUAAGGGCUUCUCAACCCCUUCUGUUCAUGUCCGUUUCGACAAGGCACCCCACGGAUUCUGCGGUGGACGUGGAGACUGGACCAUCCCAGAGCACAACGAAGCAGCAGCCCAGGUUCUUCAGAAGACAUCCGAGUUCUUCUCUGCCCUUGCCGCCAAGGAUGAAGAGUAA